CCAGGUUUAGCCGCCAUGUCCCUGCAGGCUGAUUUUGACAAGGCGCCCAAAGACGUGAAGAAGCUGAAAACCAGGCCAGAUGAUGAGGAACUAAAAGAGAUCUAUGGACUGUACAAACAGUCUGUAACUGGAGACAUAGAUAUUGAGUGUCCAGCACUGUUAGAUCUAAAAGGAAAGGCUAAGUGGGAAGCCUGGAACCUUCAAAAAGGAUUAUCAAAGGAAGAUGCCAUGAGUGCCUAUAUUUCUAAAGCAAGAGAGCUAAUAGAAAAAUACGGAAUCUAGAAUUCAGCCCGUGAGAGAAUUUUCCUUUUGAAGCCUUCAUAAUGGUAUCGUGACCUAAUACUUAGGGGAGAAAUGCACUGUAACUCUUGAUGGAUCAUCAGUAUUUUUGCUAGUAACAUGACUUGUCAUUCUGAAUUAGAGGUAUGCUGAAACUACAUGUUUAAUAAAAUUUUACUUGCUAAAACCA